GCACUCGUACACGAAUUCAGAAUCUUAAUCAGAGACAGAGAGAAAUAGAAAGAGUUGAAGAACUAGAUGGGGGAUGGUAAAAGUGGAGCGAUUGAUCAUGAUCAGAAGGAACUCCCAACAACGAAAAAGAAGGGUUCUUCAUUCUGGUGUAUUUUCAUGCAUGCAGAUUUCACCGAUGUUAUUCUCAUGAUUUUUGGCUUCCUUGGGGCUGUCGGCGACGGUGUUUCCAUGCCGGUCGUGUUAUUUGUCACCAGCAAGCUUAUGAAUAAUAUUGGCGGUGGUUCACUUACUCUUAACAUUACCGGCGCUGCUCUUUUUACCGAACAUAUUGAUAAGAAUGCGGUGGCUCUUUGUUAUGUGGCUUGUGGGCAGUGGUUGGCUUGCUUCCUCGAGGGUUAUUGCUGGUCAAGAACAGCAGAGAGACAAGCCUCUAGAAUGAGAGCUAGAUAUUUAAAGGCAGUCCUGAGACAAGACAUCGGAUUCUUCGAUUUAAACAUGACAAGCAUGGCCGAGGUUGUCACUAGUGUCUCCAACGAUAGUCUUGCAAUUCAAGAUGUUAUUAGCGAAAAGGUGCCUGUGUUUUUAAUGAAUGUAUCGACAUUUAUUGGGUCAUACAUAGCGGCAUUUCUAAUGCUAUGGAGAUUCGCAAUAGUAGGGUUCCCGUUCGCGAUCAUUCUUGUGAUCCCGGGAUUGAUAUAUGGAAAAUCUCUUAUGGGCAUCUCGAGAAAAAUGAGGAUGGAGUAUAACAAGGCUAGUGUGAUAGCGGAGCAAGCAAUUUCGUCUAUAAGAACUGUUUACGCCUUCGUGGGGGAAAACAAAACCAUAUUGGAAUACUCUUUGGCUCUUCAAGGGACGGUUAAACUUGGAUUAAGGCAAGGAUUGGCUAAAGGAUUGGCCAUUGGAAGUAAUGGACUUGUUUUUGCGGUUUGGUCUUUCUUGGCUUAUUAUGGUAGUAGGAUGGUCAUGUAUCAUCGAGCCCCAGGUGGCACUGUUUUUGCUGUUGGUGCAGCCAUUGCGGUUGGAGGAUUAUCUCUGGGUUCUGCUGUAUCAAACUUGAAGUACUUUUCAGAUGCAACAGUCGCCGGAGAACGAAUAAUGGAGAUGAUAAAAAGGGUUCCGGCUAUCGAUUCCGACAGCAUGGAAGGAAAGAUCCUAGUAAAAGUUUCCGGCGAGGUUGAGUUCCGGCACGUGGAAUUCGCGUACCCUUCUCGGCCGGAAUCGAGAAUCUUAAAUGAUUUCAACCUCUGCAUUCCGGCCGGACAGACGGUGGCGCUGGUCGGAAGUAGUGGGUCAGGGAAGUCGACGGUGAUGGCGCUUUUGCAGAGGUUUUAUGAUCCAAUUAGUGGAGAGAUAGUAUUGGAUGGUGUGGCUAUAAAUAAACUUCAAUUAAAAUGGAUGAGAUCACAAAUGGGAUUGGUUAGUCAAGAACCUGCUCUGUUUGCUACAUCCAUUAAAGAGAAUAUCAUUUUUGGGAAAGAAGAUGCUGAAAUGGAUGAAGUUAUUGCAGCUGCUAAAGCUUCUAAUGCUCAUCAUUUCAUUUCUCAGUUGCCUCAAGCUUAUCAUACACAGGUUGGAGAAAUGGGAGUGCAAAUGUCUGGUGGACAGAAACAGAGGAUUGCAAUUGCUCGUGCUAUAAUAAAAGUUCCAAAGAUCCUUCUCCUCGACGAGGCUACUAGUGCCCUCGACUCCGAAUCCGAACGGGUAGUUCAAGAGGCCCUCGACCAGGCCUCGGUAGGUCGGACCACCAUCAUCAUCGCUCAUCGUCUUUCCACUAUCCGCCAUGCAGACCUAAUCGUCGUCGUGCACAAUGGUCACGUUAUCGAGUCCGGCUCUCAUGACGACCUCAUCCUUAACUCAUCCGGACAUUACUCAUCCCUUGUCCGCCUCCAACAAACCAAGAUGAAUCAUGACGUGGAUCACGCCAGCAACGAUUUUGAUCAUGCAACAACGUUGUUAGCUAAACUCGAACUCCAUGACUCAAAUAACCAUAGAAUGUCUACAGUAAGUCGUUCGAGCUCGUCUAACUCCGCAACUAGGAGCCAAAGGCUCGAAAUGGGAGUUGCAGCUAAUAAUGCAUGCGUUAAUACGGAUCAAACUUUGUUGGUGCCAUCGUUUAAGAGACUAUUGGCAAUGAACAUGCCGGAGUGGAAACAAGCUUUACUAGGUUCGAUUAGUGCAAUUCUCUUUGGAGCCGUGCAACCAUUGUACGCAUUUUCGUUGGGAUCCAUGGUAUCGAUAUAUUACUUGCCCGAGCAUAGCCAAAUAAAAGAGAAAACGCGAAUGUAUGCGCUUUGCUUUGUGGGCUUGGCUGUUUUCUCGGUAUUGAUCAAUAUUUGUCAACACUACAAUUUUGCAUACAUGGGGGAGUACUUGACAAAGAGAGUUAGAGAAAGGAUGUUGUCUAAGAUAUUGACAUUCGAGGUCGGAUGGUUUGAUAGGGAAGAAAAUGCUAGCGGUGCUAUUUGCUCUCGACUCGCGAAAGACGCUAAUGUGGUGAGAUCUUUAGUAGGAGAUAGAAUGGCACUCCUUAUUCAAACUCUUUCGGCUGUGACUGUGGCAUGCACAAUGGGCUUAGUUAUUGCAUGGAGGCUCGCCAUUGUCAUGAUAGCCGUUCAACCCGUGAUCAUAUGUUGUUUCUAUUUCAAACGCGUUUUGUUAAAGAACAUGUCCAAGAAAGCAAUUAAGGCGCAAGAUGAAAGUAGUAAGCUCGCAGCCGAGGCGGUUUUUAACCUAAGGACCAUCGCGGCCUACUCAUCCCAGGCUCGAAUUCUCCAUAUGUUGGAGAAAGCCCAAGAAGGCGCGCGAAGGGAGAGUAUCCGACAAUCAUGGUUUGCGGGCAUCGGGCUCGGAUCCUCGAAUGGUCUUAUGUCAUUAACAUGGGCUUUAGACUUUUGGUAUGGAGGCAAGCUCAUAGCUCAUGGUUAUAUCACGGCCAAGGCAUUGUUUGAGACAUUUAUGAUAUUGGUGAGCACGGGUAGAGUCAUUGCUGAUGCUGGGACCAUGACUAAUGACCUCGCGAAAGGGUCGGAUUCAGUGGCUUCGGUUUUCGCGGUUUUGGACCGUCUCACGAGAAUUGAGCCCGAAGACCUAGAAGGGUCCAAGCCCAAUAAUAUAACGGGCCUUGUGGAGAUAAGAAAUGUUGAUUUUGCAUACCCGGCUAGGCCCAAUGUCAUGAUCUUCAACAACUUUUCAAUUCGAAUAGAAGCGGGAAAAUCAACUGCUCUAGUGGGACAAAGUGGGUCCGGGAAAUCAAGUAUCAUAGGACUCAUAGAGCGAUUCUAUGAUCCAAAUAAGGGGACAAUUAAAAUUGACGACCGAGAUAUAAAGACAUAUCACCUUAGAUCCCUAAGAAAACACAUUGCACUUGUUAGCCAACAACCGACAUUAUUCGCGGGGACCAUUCGCGAAAACAUAACUUACGGAGUAGGGUCGGAUAAAGUUGAUGAAUCGGAGAUCAUCGAGGCGGCUAGAGUAGCCAAUGCCCACGAUUUCAUCGCGGGAUUGAAGGAUGGUUACGACACACGGUGUGGGGAUAGAGGAUUGCAAUUGUCGGGAGGUCAAAAACAACGUAUCGCAAUAGCAAGGGCUAUGUUGAAGAAACCGAGAAUUCUCUUGCUUGAUGAAGCCACGAGUGCGCUCGAUAGCCAAUCGGAGAAAGUUGUUCAAGAUGCGAUUGAGCGUUUGAUGGUCGGGAGGACUAGCGUUGUGGUGGCUCAUAGGCUUAGCACGAUUCAAAAUUGCGACAUGAUUGCGGUGUUGGAACAGGGGAAGAUCGUCGAGAGAGGGACACACUCGUCCUUGUUGGCAACGGGGCCAACGAGUGUUUACUACUCGUUGGUUAACCUACAAAACAAAAACAAGAAAAAAAUGAACAAUAAUUAAUAACUUAACAACCUAUGAAGCUAGCUUUUUGAGUGUGUGAUUAGAACUUCCUAACGUAUGAGCUUUCAAAAGCAUGCUCAUUUUUAUUGCAUAUUGUUGUAUGUUCAUGUGAUGCUUUGUUAAUAUAAUUAAGAACAAGGCUGAAAUGUCUCA